AUGCCGUCCUCCCCGAUGACGAAACUCGUGCCUCUGCCAGUAUUCAAGCCGGACUUGUACGAGCGCGCCUGGCAAUCGAUACCGCACCCGACCCUGCCUCUGCUCGCAACGGCGCACCAGAAAUCCGUCACCGUCUUCUCCCUCUCCACCCUCUCCUCCCACAGCAGCCUCACCAAUGGCCACGAGCGAUCCGUACGGUCAACAACAUGGAAGCCGAAUCUACCCCCGCACAAGCUAUGCCUAGUCACGGGCAGCUUUGAUUCCACCGCGGGGCUCUGGCGCUGGGACGACCAAGAUACCGGCGGCGGCGGCGCAUUGGAGGUGGAGAUCAAGGACGAGAAGGACGAGAAAGACUGGGAGCUGAUCGUGGUGCUCGACGGCCACGACUCCGAGAUCAAGUGCGUCUCCUUCUCGCCCGGCGGACAGUACCUCGCCACCUGCAGCCGCGACAAGUCAGUCUGGAUAUGGGAGGACGUGGGCGCCAACGAAUCCGACGACGAGUGGGAGACGGUGGCCGUGCUGAACGAGCACGACGGCGACGUCAAGGCCGUCGCGUGGUGUCCCGAGACGAACCGGAGCGGCCGCGGACGCUACAGCAACGACGUCCUGGCCAGCGCGAGCUACGACAACACGGUGCGCAUAUGGCGCGAGGACGGCGACGGCGAAUGGGUCUGCGUCGCGGUGCUCGAGGGCCACGACGGCACCGUCUGGGGUCUGCAGUGGGAGCCGAGGCCGCAGGGCCAGGGGUUCCCGAGGCUGAUGACAUGGAGCGCCGACCAGAGUGUCAGGAUAUGGUCUUUACAAGAAGAGGAGGAGAUGGAGGAGGCCGCGCCGCAGCAUGCUUGGGGUGGGCUGAGCGGUGUACCGAGCACCAUGCGCAGAUCACCGAAAGAGGACUGGGUGUGCGCAGCCAUACUACCCAAGGCACAUACGAGAGACGUCUACGCGGCAACGUGGAGCGCCGACUCGGGUAUGGUAGCAAGCACGAGCAGUGAUGGCAUAAUCGCACUCUACCGCGAGGAGGAGGAGGCAGAGACCAACGACACAGCAGACGACGAGGCCGCUGCGGAGCUGGAUGGCGAUGUGCCCAUGACCAACGGCCAUCCAAAGAAGGAGCCCGAGGCAUCAAGAAGGUGGAAGGUGGUAUCAAGUACGCCAAAUGCUCACGGGCCGUACGAGAUAAACCAUGUUACAUGGUGCAAGCGGUACGACCAAGGCUGCCCGCCUGAAAAGAGAGGCAUCGAGGAAAUGCUGGUCAGCACAGGAGACGAUGGCAUCGUCCGGCCGUGGCAAGUUGUAUGA